CAGUUACAGUAGGUCAAACAACCCCCUAAUAUGAACGAGUCACUCAGAAAAACGAAUCAUGACUCUCGAGUCAGGAAAAAAAGAGUCGUUCAAAAAGAACGAAUCGUUAGCGAACUGCACAUCACUACAGAGAACCACCAAGAGGACAACUAUGGACUGAAAACCAUCGAAAGGGGCAAUACACCGACUGGAAAUGUUCAAGUAUGUCGCAAUAUAUCUAAAUGUAUAUCAUGAACACAGAUAUGAUUCCAAAAUUCACCUCGAAAGACGAGGAGAUUGACUUCUGGAAGACUCUUUCCCUCAAGUACAAGAAAAAUUGCCAGGAGGCCCAGGAGGAGCUGCUGGAGUUUCAGGAGGGCAGCAGAGAGCUGGAGGCAGAACUGGAGACCCAGCUGGGCCAGGCCGAGCACCGCACGAGAGUCCUGCACUCUGAAAACAGCAGGCUUAAGAACGAGGUGGACUCACUCAAGGAAAAACUGGAGCAGCAGUAUGCCCAGAGCUACAAACAGAUCAACAUGCUGGAGGAUGACCUGGGACAGACCCGGGGCAUCAAAGAGCAGCUCCACAAAUACGUGCGGGAGCUCGAGCAGUCCAACGACGACCUAGAAAGAGCCAAGAGGGCUACAAUUGUGUCCCUGGAGGACUUUGAGCAGCGUCUGAACCAGGCUAUCGAGAGGAACGCCUUCCUGGAGAGCGAGCUGGAUGAGAAGGAGUCCGUCCUGGUCUCAGUGCAGAGGUUGAAAGACGAGGCCAGAGACCUGCGUCAGGAGCUCGCCGUCCGAGAGCGAAGUACGGACGUAACCAGGAUGUCGGCGCCCACCUCACCCAUCCAGGAGGACAAUGAAAAGAUGGAUUACUCUGUCCAGGCCUCACUGUCUCUCCCCGCAACGCCGCUCGCAAAGAGUCUGGACAAUGCCUUUGCCAACCCCACAGAGUUGUCCAAUGUCCUUGGUAACUCACUGACUCCCUCUGCUAGAAUAUCAGCCCUCAACAUUGUCAGUGACUUGCUACGGAAAGUGGGGGCUCUGGAGUCUAAGCUGACAGCCUGCAGGAACUUUGCCAAGGACCAGAAAGCCAGGAACUCUUAUGCCAUCACGGAAAACGGAAAUGUGAUCAACGGCAACACAGCCAAGUUCUCCCAUACACUCCACACGACAUCGUCAUACUACGACAAAACGAGAGAGAGGGUCAUAUUCCCUGCAUUAAUUCUGGCCGGUGCUGUCCUUCUGUUUUUCCUUAUUGAUGUUGUCUUUCAAGGUAUGAAUACUAUGUCCCCUGUAGAGGUGGUGUGACUGUGUGUAGAGGUUGUAGUGACAUGGUGUUGUUUCUACUGUGUGAGGAACUAUGGAUAUGAGCUUGACUGAGCAUGUUGAGCAGGACAUGCUCACAAGGACAGGGUUUGGAUUUCACCGCAGGGAGGAGUCGAGAAGCUAUAAAUAAAGCUCUUUACUAAAGAGCACACUGUCACUGUGCCAUACUAUUCAGAGUACUAGCUAGCUAAAUAGAUAAGGAAUAGGAUUCCAGACACGGGAGUUUGAAGUGGAGUACAUUAACACACAACACACUUACAUUUUUAAGCAAUUUUUUUAAGGAGUGGGGCAGUCCCACUUCUUUCGCCCACUCCUUUCGUCAUUUUUUUUAGUUCUAUUGUAGAGAGAUUUCAGUGGAAAGAUGGGGGAGCCAAAGGGCAGUGGGCCGGAUUCGAACCCAUGCCGACUCUGGAAUUUACUUUUUUUUAUAUGGUCAAAACUAGGUUGAACAAACUCCACUAGGUAUUAAAAGAGAGGGGAGGGAGCAUGUGUAUGGUUUUACAUUUGACUGGCAAUACCUAGGUAUUAGGCUAGGCAGAUUUUAUGUUUGCUAUGCUAAUAUACCUGUUUUACCACCGCAUAGUAUGAAUCCAGCAAGGUUCAUUUUGUAAGUAGCAAUAAGUGAGAUGUUGCCUAACCGUCAGUAGACCAGACUAACCCAUGUUGUGUUUG